UAGUCUGGGUGCAGCAAGGAGUGGUGGCACGGUCCAGUUGUCGCGGCUGUAAGUAAAGCUGAGAGUCGUGGCGGGUGCCAGCAGUAGUGGAUCAUGUCCCUGGCGGAAGGCAUCUCCGACACAGAACACAGGGCCGAAGACGACAAGCAACAGGACAACGCCAAGAUUUCUGAUAAGAGACAGAUGUCAGAUUCAUACAUGUGGAAGGAGCAGAUUCACACGUUAAUGAAGGGAGGGGAGAGCGAAUCCGACAUCUCGGAUUCCGAGCACUUCCUCACUAAGGGCGCCUUCCUCCUGACGCCCUCUCACGGCCUCAGCAUGGAGAAGGCUUCAGCCAUCUGCGAGAAGAUGGAAUUCAAGGGCUGCUUCUCUCUCACCAAGACAGCCACUGGUAUACUCUUCAAAUUCUCCCAUGUUGAUGAUUACCAGAUGGUCUUCAAGAAAGGAUUCCAUAAAGUCACGGGAUCCAGGUUCUAUAGGAAGAUUGCGAUACCGUGCCGUCCUCAGAAGACAUUCACAAUCUACGUAUACGAUGUUCCCGAUGAGGUACCAGAGGAAGACGUGCGUCACGCCCUCUACAAGUUCACCUCUGUUGUAGAGGUGCUGCGUUUACAUCUCGCCGGUUCACCAAGAGAGGGCAACACUGGUACAUCAACUCCAAAACCAUUGGAGAAGACACCACCUCGUGCUCUGACGACCAUCGACGGUGAGUUGGUGAGCAGCAUGAUCCCGAAGGAAGCGUCCACCGUCAUCCGCGUGACUCUCGCCAGCAUUGAGGAAGCCAAUAUACUGCUGCAGAACGGCCUUGAUUUCUACGGAGCUACUUUCUUCCCGACGGAGCUGGCCACCCCCGCGCAGGCAGCAAAGCUUAUCAAACCCAGCAGAGUUUCUGGGGGCACGGUAUCCGCGAGGGUCCGGGAUCUGCUCCCAGUCUUCGACCAACAGGGGUUCAAUAAGUUCGCACCGCCCGCAUCCAGGCUAGUUAAGCCACGAGCCAAGUAAACCUAUCCAUAAUCCUUUAGACCCCUUUUCCACAGAGUUGGCAAGUUUUCCACGGAAGUCGUGCUAGUGGUAAAAGGAUCUUAAAUUAGAAAUGAAACUUCGCUCUAUCUAGAGAUAUAUGUUUUAUAAAUCCUGCUUUAUCUGGAUGAAAAAGUAUGGUUAAAGUUACGAUUCGAUUCUAUAAGAAGUCUUGGGUUCGAAGUCUUUCGAUUAUUAUAAUCAUGACCUACCACAAACUGAACUGGCUUGAAAUGGUUAAAAGAAAUUUUAAUUAUUUGUAUUUGAUCUUUAGUUUAAGCGAAGUUUCAUUUCUUUAGUGUCAUUUUAUGUUUUUUGUUACCUAAAUGUUCUCCUGUUUCUGUACUUAAUUAUAACUACGUGUCCUAUGUGAAGAUACUGGGGUAUGAAGGAAAUAAUAUAAAUAACAUAAAAUGCUUAUUGUGACAUUUUUAUUUUUCAUUAAGGCUUUUGAUAAAAAAUUAUCGCUAAAUUAUUUCUUUUUUUAAUGUGUUAAUCGAUAUUAAUAUACGAAAAAUGCAUUUAUUUAUAACAAAAUGUUACUUGUGCCAU